AGGUCAGUGGAGGGCAGUGAAUGAAAAUGGUGGACAUGUCAAACGGACAGACGUUGUGUUACUGUGAAACAAGUGAUAGACACUGUUGUGGAUAAGUCCCUCAUUUGUCUCGUUCGUGAAAACAGAUAAGUGACAUAUUUCAGUGACAACAACUAUGGUCAUGUAGUUACUUACAUUAGUGUAAGUUUUGUGCGGAAAACAUCGCUGCGAAUGUCGUGAAGAGCUGUUUCCUCGACAAAAAAAGAUUUACUACUGAGGACAGCUACAUACAAGGUGUGCAGUCAUGUCGCUGAGGCAGCGUGAUAGUCUUUCUUCCAACUGCUUGUUAAUCUGUGCAUUGGUAACCCUUGUCUGGAUGUCAGAUCUCUGUGUAGCAGUUCAGCCUCCAGUGAUCACCAGAGAACUACAAUCUGAGUUUGGUAUUGAGGGAGGUGUCAUAGUAUUUGUAUGCCAGGCAUCAGGUGAUCCUGAACCAUCGUUCCGCUGGGAAAAAGGAUCUCGCAAUGCCCAAAACACCAGAUCUGAAAUCUUUCCUAUGCCUUCUGGAUCUGUUCUGAGGAUUGAGCCAUUAAGAGAUGGUCGUGAUGAUGCAGAAUUUCACUGUAUUGCUUCAAACAUCGCUGGAACAGCAAGAAGCACUGCAAGGCUCCAGGUUUAUACAAGUACACGUAUACCUGCUGGUUUUCCAGUGAUCACAAGAGACCCGGUGCUUGAUGUUGUAGAAAAGGGCUUUCCAAUAUUACUUCACUGUGAGGCUGAAGGCAACCCAGACCCAGAAAUCAUCUGGUUCAAAGAAUACAUACCUGUUGAUCUCAGCACAGAGCGAGUCAAGCUUACAUCAUCUGGCUUGUCAAUAAGUGUGUCAGAGUUUUCUGAUCGUGGGAAGUAUCAGUGUGCUGCUAGGAAUUCUGCAGGUAUUCGCUUCUCCAAGACGGCUCUUUUGUAUGUUAGAGUGAGACGGGUGGCACCACGCUUUACCAUUUUCCCUGAGACGCAAGAAGUUGUCCCUGGUGGUAAUGUGAACCUUACCUGUGCAGCCAAUGGUUCCCCAAUGCCUGUCAUUAAGUGGAUGAAAGGUGAUGAGGAUCUGAGUGGUCCUGAUGAUACUCUUCCCCAGGGUAGAAGUGUCCUGGUUUUGAAGAAUGUACAGGAGACUGCAGAGUACACAUGUUAUGCAAUGAGUGACCUUGGAGAGAUUGAACAUACAGUAACAGUGACUGUCAGGACUCGUCCAGACUCUCCACCUGUGCCAACAUUGAGCCAGCAUACUGCUAAUACAGUCACUGUCCAGUGGAUAGCUGGCACUGAUGAACCUAUUAAGACCUAUGUUCUGAAAUAUGAGCCAAGUUCCUCUCCUGGUGCUGCCAAAGAAAUAGCUGGAAUUACUGUCACUGAGUAUACCAUCGAUGACUUGCUGCCUUUCACAGAGUACAAUGUGCGUGUUGCAGCAGUCAAUACAAUAGGUCGGGGAGACUUCAGCAGGGCCUUGACAGUCACUACAGCACAGCUGGCACCUUCAACGGCCCCACGAGAAGUUCGUGCAAGUCCUUUGAGUGCAAGCACUAUACUGGUGCAAUGGACAGCUCCAGAAACACCCAAUGGGAUUGUUAGAGGCUAUAACAUCUAUUACAGCAACACACCCAGUCAGAAUCUGAGCUUCUGGUAUAAACAUUCAGUGGAAGAUGGUACCCAGAGACUGACAACAAUUAGUGACCUCAAUCCAGACCAGAUUUACUCAAUACGUGCUUCAGCAUUUACUGCUAUUGGUGAAGGGCCAGCCUCAAAUGCAGUCCAGGUCAUAACAAAGCAAGGAGUUCCUAGCCAACCCGAAAUGUUUGUUGGUGAAGCCAUCUCUGCAACACAGAUCCGUUUGACAUGGAGACAACGUGAAACUGAGGCUCAGAUUCUCUACUAUGAGCUGUAUUACAAUGACUCAAAAACUGGAAAUGAUGAACAUAGGAGUAUUCCUAAAGCAGAGACAUACACCCUCGAAGAUUUGAAGCCAAACACAGUCUAUAACAUACGCCUUGCUGCAAAAUCCAGGGCAGGGCAGGGAGCUAGCACACCUAUUGUAUCAGUUCGCACAGAACAAGCUGUCCCUGGUGCUCCCCCACAAGAUGUCAAAGCCACUACUCUGAGUUCUACAAGUCUUCGGAUUGAAUGGGAACCACCACCUCAAGACCGCCAAAAUGGCGAUGUAACAGGCUAUAAAGUCAGCUAUGUGAAAGUCCCUCGUAGUGGAGAAGUGGAUACGCAAGACGAAAUGUUACUGGCAGUGGGGCCUAAUGACAGAUCUUGUGUCUUGGUAAAUCUUGACAAGUGGACAAUAUAUCAGAUAACUGUGUUGGCGUCUACAAAGAUUGGGGAUGGGCCUGCAUCCCGGCCAAUAAGUGCUGAAACUGAUGAAGAUGUUCCAGAAGGUCCACCACGCAAGGUUAGUGUUGAAGCCUUGAAUUCAACCACCAUUGCCGUUCGCUGGAGCCCUCCUGUAUUGGAUCGACAACAUGGUGAAAUCCGUGGGUACCAAGUUCACUUUCAAGUUGUGUCUGCUGAUGAAGACCCAUUAGGACCACCCCAAGUCAAGUGGGUUCCACUUCCAGAUAUAAGGGAAAACGCAGAUGAACAGGAAAAAAUUCUGGAAAAUCUUUCCCCCAAGACUUACUAUUCAAUUGAAAUUGCUGCCUAUACCAUCAAAGGAGAUGGAGAACGUAGCAGACCAAAACUAGUACAAACUCCAGGACAAGUUCCUGGACAACCCAAAAGGUUUGUGGUAGAGAGAAUUGAGAGUGGUGACUACCAUGCCCAUUGGGAGAGGCCUGAUGAUACCCAUGGAGACCUGCUUAUGUACAAAUUGAGCUACCAGACCAGUACCAGUAGACCUCUGUAUCGGGAGAUUAGACCUCCAGCCACUGAGUUCUACCCUAUUACUCUUAAUAAGGGUCAGAGAUACAUCUUCACAUUGGCUGCAAAGAACAGUGAAGGGUAUGGUCUUCAAGCAGAAACUGAUGUUAUCACACCUGAAGGAAAACCUACAGGCGCCCCACAAAACUUCACUGGGAGGGCAUUAACUAGUACAUCUAUACAAUUGUCCUGGUCCAAACCAUCUGAUGAGGAGAGUAAUGGAGUAAUCACACUCUAUAGUAUACUCUAUUACUUGGAGAAGGAACCAGGGCAAGAGUUUACCAAUGACACUGUCAACACUCAGGUCACCUUCACUAACUUGAAGCCUAGCACACAGUAUGUCUUCAAAGUGAGGGCUCAUACAGGAGUUGGCUCAGGUCCCUAUGGAACUGAAGUGAUUCUUGUCACACCACAUCCAGCUCCUAGAGAAGCACCGCGUUAUGUCCAUGCUAAGCCAGUCAGCACAACCUCCAUCCUAGUUGAGUGGAAACCACCUCUUGACAUUGAUAGUAGUCGCCCUGGCUUGACUUACAUUGUGUACUACACAAGUGGGUCUGUAGAUUCAAAUCUUGACAGCUGGCAACGGAGAGUUGUUGGUAAUUUUCACUCUGAAGAGAUAAGUGGUUUGGAGCCCAAAACAGUCUACGCUAUAGUAGUGCAGCUUCAAACCCCUGAGGGCAACUCUCCACGCUCAUACGUUGAGCGUGCAACAACACUUAAGGAAGAAUCAACUGCACCAGACAGAUUUCAGGCUGAGCUAAAAGAUGGAAAUUCUGUCAAGCUUGUUUGGGAUACGCCAUCUAGCACAGAUGGUUCCACCACAGGAUACAGAAUUGUGUAUGCCACAAGCCCCCAGGGACAGAAGGAGCACCCAGAUCACGUUGAUGAAGGCCAAAGCGUUACUCUGACUAAUGAACACAGGACUUUCCAUAUAUCUGCUUUGAAACCAAACAUGGAGUACCAAUUCAACAUCACAGCUGUUACUGAGACUGGAAGUAGUCCCCCUGCCACUGUCUUGGUACAUACGAGGCGGGCUGCCCCCAAUCAUGUGCCCAUUCCAGAAGUGGAUAUGGCAUUAACCACAGCCACGACACUGACAAUCACAAUUCCACCGCUAGAUUCAAGGAAUGGCCAAAUAGAUAACGUUUUGAUUGUGGUGGUUCCUCUUGAUGGGCCCAGCCUUCCAACAGGCUCUCCUAGCGAUUACUCUAUGGAUGAGUUGUUGCCUUCCUCUGGCCAUAGAAACCAGCGAGAUACAUCAUUGCGCAAGCGUCGGGCCACCAGUAAUUCCCUUCCAUACAUUACUGCUUAUCUCCUUGCAAGUGAGCUGACUGUGCCCUUUACCAUUGGAGAUGAGCGCUACAUCAAUGGGUUUCAUAAUAGGCCACUUGAGGAAAACCGUUACUACACAUUCUUCAUAAAAGCUAGAGUUUUAUCUGAAGAUGAGGAGUUGUUAGUUGCUUCUAGUGAUUAUAGCCAUCCAGUACAAGUUAAGAAAAGAAUCAGUACUGCACCUGGUGGUAAUAAUGGCACACCAGAACCAAACCGCUCCAACCCUAGCAAAGAACCUAGUGACAGCAGUUCAAUGCCAGCCAUCAUCGGAGCAGUCAUUGGUGUCAUCAUUCUCCUGGUCAUCAUCGUCAUUAUUAUAAUCUUCCUUAGGAACAAGAGGAGAAGUGGACCCACUGAGCGUAGACCGAAGCGUAAGGAAGUCAAGUCGACAAACCCAUCUGACCCAGUAGAGAUGAGAAGAAUGAACUACCAAACACCUGCUAUGAUGUCGCAUCCUCCCAUUCCUGUUAUGGAAUUGAGUGACCACAUUGAGCAUCUCAAGAGCAAUGAAAACCUCCUCUUCUCCCAGGAAUAUGAGUCCAUUGAACCAGGUCAGCAGUUCACAUGGGACCAUUCUAAUCUAGAAGUAAACAAGCCCAAGAAUCGCUAUGCAAAUGUGAUUGCAUAUGACCACUCCCGGGUCAUCUUGUCACGUGUUGAUGGUCUGCCAGGCAGUGACUAUCUCAAUGCUAACUAUUGUGAUGGUUACCGUAAGCAGAAUGCUUAUAUUGCUACACAAGGACCAUUACCAGAAACACUUGGUGACUUUUGGAGAAUGGUGUGGGAGCAGCGUACAUGCACACUUGUGAUGAUGACCAAGUUGGAAGAGAGAAACCGUGUCAAGUGUGAUCAGUACUGGCCUAGCAAGGGACAUGAGACAUAUGGAGAUAUUCAGGUCACCUUGCAUGAUAUGACGGACUUGGCUACUUACUCAGUUCGCAACUUUUCUCUGAUCAAUAUUAAGAAACCAGCAGAGAAACGGGAGGUUCGUCAGUUUCAGUUCACAGCCUGGCCUGAUCAUGGUGUUCCUGAGCAUGCUACACAGGUUCUGGCAUUUGUUAGUCGCAUCAAAGCCUGUAACCCUCCUGAUGCUGGGCCAAUUGUGGUCCAUUGCAGUGCCGGAGUGGGUCGCACUGGAGCCUUCAUUGUAAUCGACUCUAUGUUGGAGAGGAUCAAGCAUGAGAAGACGGUGGAUAUCUAUGGUCAUGUCACCUGUCUCCGCGCACAGCGUAACUACAUGGUACAGACUGAGGAGCAGUAUAUCUUCAUCCAUGAGGCUUUAUUAGAGGCAGUGCUGAGUGGAAACACUGAAGUACCAGCAAGGAAUCUUUAUUCCCACAUUCAGAAACUGACACAAACUGAGCCAGGAGAAACCAUUACAGGAAUGGAGAGUGAGUUCAAGCGUCUGGCCAAUCAGAAGGCUCUGCCAUCGAAGUUUGUGAGUGCAAAUCUACCAGCCAACAAGUUUAAGAACCGAUUGGUCAACAUUCUUCCAUGUAUGUAUUUUCCUGUCAUCUCACCAAACCACUCUGAAACCAUCACGUUGGGUGUUUCAGGAGCUAGUAAAUGUAGGAUUGACUCAGUCGACUUAACUUGAAAGGCACAACAUGUAUGCUGACAUCACCUGCCAGCC